CGAUCAUGGCCGUCGUAACAUCCGAAUCGGACAUUGAGUUUGAAGACACGCAAUUUCUUGAGGAUCUAACGACGACAAAUGGAAAACUGUCGUCAACUAGGAAAUACAAUCUGCCAAACAGUCGACGGCUCAGAGUCCGUUGCCUUCCUCUUGUCAUCACGUUUCUCUGUGUUUUGUCCAUCAGUCUGCUUGCUGCUCUAAUAGUUGUAGCCACUCGUUCGCACACCAGACAAACGACUGCAGAAAAGAUAACAGAGGAACCUACAACACCUACAUCAGAACGACCUAGCAGCACAUUACCUGCUACCAAAGAGCAUUUUGUUUGGAAUGAAAUACGCCUUCCAGGUGAUAUUGUUCCUACAGACUAUGUGGUAAAUGUGCAUCCAGACUUAGCUAGCGAAACGGUAGAGGGAAACGUUGUGAUUGAAGUGAAGGUGAAUCAAACAACAAAUGUGGUCAUAGUCCAUGCAAGAGACAUGAACAUCACUUAUUCAACCGUGCAAGACAGCAAUGGAACAGACAUUACUUAUGAAACGCCAUUCUUUGUCAAAUCAACUCAGUUCUAUGUAAUGAAAUUAGAUGGAGUUCUCAAUGGUGGGACAACAGCUCGGCUGGUAUUUCACUGGCAGAGCAGACUGAGCGUGGGUUUGGCCGGAUUCUACAGAAGCAAGUACAGAAGCAAAGAUGGGAAGACACAUGUUAUUGCUACGACUCAGUUUGAAGCAACUGAUGCUCGUGCUGCGUUUCCCUGCUUUGACGAACCGGCUAUGAAGGCUCAUUUUAACAUCAGCAUCGUGUACGACCCUCGGCAGCAUAAGGUGCAAUCGAACAUGCCUACCUGGUGGAAUGAGACGCUCAGUGGCGGGCUGGUACGUGCUCAUUUCAUGAAGUCGCCAAAGAUGAGCACUUAUCUCGUGGCGUUCAUUGUGAGUGACUUUGACUUUGUUGAGACGACCACUCGCUCCAAUAUUACAGUAAGAGUGUGGGCUCGUCCUGAUUUGAUUAACCAAACGUCGUGGGCACUCUAUUGUGGUUCAUUGAUUAUUGACUAUUAUGAAGAGUUCUUUGGUAUACAGUACCCUCUUCCCAAGCAAGAUCUAGUUGCAAUUCCUGACUUUGCCGCUGGUGCAAUGGAGAAUUGGGGUCUGAUCACAUAUCGAGAAACAGAUUUGCUAUUUGAUCCUCAAACGUCGUCAUCAGCAAAUAGACAACGGGUUGCUGUUGUCAUUGCUCAUGAGCUUGCACAUCAGUGGUUUGGCAAUUUAGUGACAAUGAAAUGGUGGAAUAACCUUUGGUUAAAUGAGGGCUUUGCAAGCUAUGUUGAAUACGUUGGAACCGAGAGAGUUGCCAGCUGUCUGGAACACGGUAAUUCAGAGAGUGGUUGCACUGAAUACACUGGGACGGAUGUAGUUCCUUCAGGUUGGCAUAUGCAUGAUCAGUUCUUUAUUGAUACUGUUGAGUAUGCUUACUCUAUUGACAGCCUGGCUAGUUCACACCCUAUUGAUGUGACUGUUGAAACUCCUGCUGACAUCAGCAGUGUAUUUGAUGCAAUUUCGUAUGAUAAGGGUGCUUCGAUUCUUCAAAUGCUGUAUGAAUUUAUUGGAAAAGAAGACUUUUUGCAAGGACUCAAUUCAUACUUGAACGCUCAUGCGUACAGUAAUGCAGAGACGGGAGAUUUACUUGAUGCUUUGGAUAAUGCAACAACUCUGGACGAUGGUCUAACUGUGGCUGACAUCAUGAGCACAUGGACUGAACAGAUCGGAUUUCCAGUUGUCAAUGUGGAAGCAGCCUCGAAUGGCCACAUAAUCAUGCUGCAUCAAAAGCACUUCCUUCUUAAUCAAACAUCAAUACCUCCCCCAUCAAAAUACAACUACAUUUGGAGUAUUCCGAUCACUUACCGCACAGACACAAUGGAUGGAACAUCGAAGAUACACUGGCUUAACAAGACGACAACAGAGAUACCACUGGGCAAUUCUAAUAUGAAAUGGAUCAAAGUGAAUGUGAACCAGACGGGAUACUAUCGUGUCAACUACACUGUUGACAAGUGGAAUAAAUUAUCGUCCCAACUUCGGCUGAACCAUCUGGUUUUCAGUCCCCGUGAUAGAGCGGGUUUGAUUGCAGAUGCAUUUGCAUUCUCAAGAGCAAGUCAGCUAGAUCUGACUGUUGCGUUGCAAACCAUUCAAUAUCUUGGCAAUGAACAGCAUUAUGUGCCUUGGACGGCAGCUUUAAGCGAUUUGGUGUACAUUGGAAAUAUGCUUGCCACUAGUCCUGUAUUUGGGAAAUUCAAGGCAUUUAUGUGCCAGUUGCUGCAGCCUGUUGCUGAUUAUCUUGGAUGGGAAGUGGGUAUUAAUGACACUCACAUCGAGAGACGGUUGCGAGGAGAGAUCCUCUACUUAGGCUGGCAGUAUGACUGUCUGUAUCAAAACAUAUCGAUGAUGCAGAAAGCAAGGUCAAUCUUCAGUGACUUCAUGAACAAGAACACUAGAAUUCCUCCUGACCUGCACAGGGCAGUGUAUGGGGCUGGAGUGGCUCAUGGCGGAGAAAAUGAAUGGGAGUUUAUUUGGAAGCUCUUUCAAACGACUGAUGUUCCUAAUGAGAAGAGAGCUUGUCUGAGAGCUUUAGCGGAGACCAAACAGCCAUGGAUAUUAAGCAGAUUUCUUGAGUAUUCUAUCGAUGAAACGAAAAUCAGAACUCAAGACAGCGUGUCAGUUAUAGCAUACGUGUCCUUUAACCCUCUAGGUCGUCACUUAGCAUGGGACUUUGUUCGACGUCAGUGGGAUAGUCUGUUUGCUAAGUUCAGCGACGGAUCAUUCUCUUUUGGCCGUAUGAUAAGAUAUGUUGCAAACUAUUUCAAUACUAACUUUGAGAUGGAAGAAUUCAAAGCAUUCUUUUCACAUCGUGAGAGUGGAGCUGGUGCAAGUGAGGUUUCACAUGCACUGGAGAAAAUUAAAAGCAACAUAAGGUGGCUAAGAGACAAUGAAAUGGUAAUGGAUACAUGGCUCACAACUUUCCUUCAAUCUGUACACAACAGACAAAGGUCUUAGAAGCGUUUGUUUAUUCACUGUUGUUGUAGUGCUACUGAGCUUUGGAUAAUGAGCUGUUGGGUCAAUGGCCGUUUUUUAAACAAAAUCGUGGCUUGUCUUAAUUGUCAAAAUAUCUAACUCAGUACUGCACCCACUCCAU